AUGUUUGAGAACAUCAAGAAAGACGCGAUGUACGUCGGAAACUCUCAACGAAAAUCCGUGUACAAAGUACAAAACUCGCCGAAACCGUACGGAGAUACGCAAACCAAAUACGUAUGCUACAGAUGUGGAGGCACCAAUCACCAAUGUAAAGACUGCAGAUUCAAGGACGGAACCUGCAGAAAAUGCAAGAAGAAAGGUCAUCUGGCAAAAGUGUGCAGGAACGGUGCACCCCAUGCCACGGGCGCAAGGCCCAGAAUCAAUCACAUCGGAACGAAACCAAAAGUGAACUUGAUCUACACGUCCGUAAGAAUCAACGGACGACCAGUGGAAAUGGCCGUCGACACGGGAGCAGAAGUUUCCCUAAUCGACCGGAGAACGUAUGCAGAGCUCGGGUCCCCAGCGCUGCAGAGAUCAACACAGAAACUCACAGUGGCAAACGGAUCCACCCUGAAGUCCUCGGGAGGGCUUCAAUGCGAAGUAGAGCUCGGCGGAACAAAGUUCACCGGUAAAUGUUUCGUUACCGACAAAUGUUCAAUCCUGGGACUCGAUUGGCUGAAGAAGGACAGGCACGGCAAGAUCGUGAACCCCAGGAUGUUCGAGAAUCAAAUACUCGAAGUUCAAGAGCAAUCCUCCAAAAACCCGGACGAAGCCGCCCUGCUGAAGAAGAUCGAAAAGCAGUUCGUGAACGUGCUCGAUGGAAAGCUGGGCGCAUGCCGGGAAUAUGAAGCAAGAAUCACCCUGAGAAAGAACUCGAAGCCGAUUUUCAGAAAGGCAAGACCAGUAGCCUAUUCGAUUCUUCCCGACGUCACCAAAGAAAUCGAACGCCUCGGAAAGGCAGGCGUCAUCGAGCGCGUGGAAACCUCCCUCUACGCAGCACCAGUCGUCGUGGUCCGGAAGAGCAACGGGUCAAUUCGCCUCUGCGCUGACUACUCGAUUGGCCUGAACGAAAUCAUAGAGGACGAUAACUACCCACUGCCAACGGCCGAAGACAUCUUCAGCGGCCUCAGCAAUGGUCGCUUCUUCUCAAAAAUCGAUUUGAGUGAAGCAUAUCUCCAAGUCCCCGUGGAAGCUGGAAGUCAAAGCAUCCUAACAAUCAACACUCCGAAGGGCCUCUUCAAAAUGAAACGACUACCCUUCGGAAUAAAAACUGCUCCGAGCAUAUUCCAGCGGCUCAUGGAUUCGCUCGUGUCCGACCUUCCAGGCACAGUGGCGUAUCUGGAUGACAUCAUGGUAUCGAGCGGGACAAAGGUCGAACAUGAACAAAGAGUCAUCCAACUCUUCAAACGUCUGAACGACUUCAAUCUCACGAUUCGUUUGGACAAAUGUUCAUUCCUAAAAGACGAAAUUCGCUUUCUCGGCUUCAUCCUAAACUCAAAGGGCAGAAAGCCGGACCCUGACCGCAUCCAACCGAUUCUGGAUAUGAAGCGACCGGAAAACGUCGCUCAAACAAGAGCUUUCCUGGGGAUGCUGACUUUCUACAACAACUUCAUAGCCGACAUGGCUACACUCAGAGAACCUCUGAACAGUCUACUUAAAAAAAAAACACCGUUCGAGUGGACAACGGAAUGCGAGGCGGCCUUCAUCAAAGACAAAAACAAAUACUCCAGUCCGGCCUACUGCUAA